AUGCUAUUUACGGUGCUUGCAGUUAUAGUAGCAGCAGUUGUUUUGGGCAGAAAUAAAAGCCCCUUGUCGUCAAAGUGCACCCAUCAAACUGUUUUUUUGGAGGAGAGAGCUGGUCCAGAGCCUGGAGCUUCCUCUCAGUAUCAUCCCGAGAAACACUGUAAUGAAACCAGACAACAGCUGCAAUGUAGUGCAAAGAGCCUCAAAGCCAAAGAUGAAACUCGGAACCAUGUAAAGGAUUCAAACUCUGAUAAUGAGGAAGAAGUGUGCGAGUCUGAUUCUCCAGUUCACUCCACCAUUGGAUGGGGGGAGGAUUCCUCUGAGUCAGGGAUAAGGAAUGCUCUGAAGGAUUAUGCUCGGUUGCCUGAUGCUGAGAAUAAACCCUUAAAGUACAUGGCUGGCAUGCUGAGGACCUGCCAGCUUGAAAAGAUGAUGACCAAAGAAGAACUGGAGGAGGAGCAGAGGGUUCAGCAGGAGCAGUUGGCUGCCAUCUUCCAGCUACUCAGAGACAAACAAGACACAUUCGGUGACGUGACCGAGGGCGAUUUACAGGAACAGCUUAAACUCUACUCUAUUUGA